AUCUGGCAGGCCUACAAAAAGUACAAUAACAACAAAAAAGAGUAGCGAUUGUCUCAAAUUUCUGUGAUUUUUGGUAAAAUUAGUGACUCAAUAAGACUGAAGUAGUAAAAAACGAUCAAAAAUGGCGUGGACCAAGAAGCAAAUCCUCCUCGCCAUCACAAUGGUCACUUGUGGCUCGAUAAAUACGCUAAGUACAAAAUGGGCGGAUAAAAUCGAAUCCAAAGGCUCUGAUGGCGUUGUACGACCUUUCAAUCAUCCCUUUGUUCAGUCGUCGUUCAUGUUUUUCGGAGAAUUUUUGUGUUUGCUGACAUUCAAGUUUUUGUACUUCUACUUUAAGCGCAAGGGAGACGGAAGUGAGAACGAAAAUGGCUUUGUCAAAGGAAAUCGGAAUUUUAGCCCGUUUAUUCUCUUUAUUCCUGCAUGCUGUGACAUGGUUGCGACGAGUAUCAUGUAUACCGGUUUGAAUUUGACGUAUGCCUCAUCGUUCCAAAUGUUGCGAGGGUCAGUAAUUGUUUUUGUUGGGUUCUUGAGUUUUGCCUUUUUGGGACGUACGUUCGUUGCGAGACAGUGGUCUGGAAUUCUCUUCAUCAUUUCUGGAUUGGCAAUGGUUGGAACAGCAGACUUCUUAUCCCACUCUGGCUCCGAUAACUCAGUAAAUAACGUCAUAACUGGCGACUUGCUCAUCGUUCUUGCCCAAAUCAUCACUUCCUGUCAAAUGGUUUACGAGGAAAAAUUCGUUGGUUCUUUGGAUAUUCCUCCAUUGCAAGCCGUUGGAUGGGAAGGCGUCUUCGGAUUCUGCAUGAUUUCAUGCUUGCUUGUGCCUUUUUACUUCAUUCACGUUCCCGCGCCUUUCAGUGCGAACGCUCAUGGCGUUCUCGAAGACUUACCCGAUGCUUUGUGCCAAAUCGCAAACAAUCCUCUCUUAAUUGUCGCCAUCACGGGCACAAUUCUCUCAAUUGCGACUUUUAAUUUUGCCGGAAUUUCCGUCACGAAGGAAAUUAGUGCGACAACUCGGAUGGUUUUGGAUUCGGUGAGGACUUUUGUGAUCUGGAUGGUUUCGUUGGCGAUCGGAUGGCAAAAGGAAGUUCAUGGAUUAGAAGUUGCUGGGUUCUGUUCGCUCAUUUUUGGUCUCUUUAUGUACAAUGGGAUCAUUGUGCCGCAGAUUUGGGAGAAAAUUAAAGGUUGUUUCGGACGUUGUUGCAAUCGCGGAGAUCGCGAUCAAAUGGAUGAGCCAAUUAUUAAUGCAGCUGCCGAUGAACCGCAUGUCUGAAAAGUGUGUGAUGUCUCGAAUCUCCAAUUUUUUUUAAUUUUUAGAGAGAAAAUCUUAUAUUUUUAUAGAAUUAUUUUUUUUAUCACUUGUUCAAAUCAAAAUGUAUUACCAUAUCGAUCAUUAAAUGAAUAAAAAUUAAGAAAAAGUACAAAAAUAUU